GUAAGAUGUCGUCUCCAGGAAGUGUUCCGCUCGUGUCCAGAUGACAGUUGAACAGAGACAGUUUAACCGGUUAGCCCUGUCUCCGUCCCGAAACAUAUAGCAAUGGAAGUAUUAACGUCCUGCCUUCACAGUCAAAGGGGAUAACCUCUGCUGUAUUGCUAGACAUACAGUGGGCUAAAUAUUUGCUUUUUGUUUGUUUGAAAGGAUCGGGAUCAAGCCUAAGUGAGAUGGAGGAUUCUGUAGGGUCUAAGUGGACGCUGAAGUCAGAUGCAAGCGCAGAGCCUUUUCUCUAUUGUUGCUCAACCUGUGAUUGCAGUGAGGAGCCUUUCCGUGGAAAAGUGUUCCGGAACAGAACUGAAGCCAGGAGUAUGUCUAUGCCAUCAGCACCUAGCUCUGCCAAGUUCAGGAGGACACAGUCACUUCAUGGACCAAGCCCUGUCACCACAUUUGGGCCCAAAGCCUGCAUGCUGAAGAAUCCUAAAGCUGUCAUGCAUAUUCAAGAUCCAGCCAGUCAGAGAUUGACAUGGAACAAGCCACCCAAAAGUGUCCUUAUUAUAAAGAAAAUCAGAGACGCCAGUCUGCUACAGCCUUUCAAAGAACUCUGCAUUUUUCUGACACAGCAAAAAAAUAUGAUUGUCUACGUGGAGAGGAAAGUCAUUGAAGAUCCAGCCAUUGCUAAUGAGAGUUUUGUCUCCAUCAAGAAGAACAUUUGCACUUUUAGAGAAGAUUAUGAUGAUAUUUCCAAUUGUGUCGACUUCAUCAUUUGUUUGGGAGGAGAUGGGACUUUGCUGUAUGCUUCUUCUCUCUUCCAGGAGAGCGUGCCUCCUGUCAUGGCCUUCCAUUUGGGUUCUCUGGGCUUUCUUACACCUUUUAACUUCGACACAUUCCAAUCUCAGGUCACCGAGGUUAUAGAAGGAAAUGCUGCGAUAAUUCUACGCAGUCGUCUAGAAGUGAAGGUAGUGAGAGAAUAUAGAGAGAAGGGAUCUGUGGAGGAAAUGAGUUUAGUCACUAAUGGGAAUAGAACUAUGCAGUAUCAAGUGCUGAAUGAAGUCGUUGUAGACAGAGGUCCGUCUUCCUACCUCUCUAAUGUGGACUUGUUUCUGGAUGGUCACCUGAUCACCACUGUUCAGGGAGAUGGUGUGAUAGUGUCCACUCCCACAGGAAGUACUGCAUACGCAGUAGCAGCAGGUGCCUCUAUGAUCCAUCCAAAUGUUCCAGCCAUCAUGAUCACACCCAUCUGUCCACACUCCCUCUCUUUCAGACCCAUCGUAGUGCCUGCUGGGGUUGAGCUCAAGAUUAUGCUGUCCCGUGAUGCCAGAAACACGGCCUGGGUGUCUCUUGACGGCAGGAGACGGCAGGAAAUUGCCUGUGGGGACAGUAUUACCAUCACGACGUCAUGUUUCCCUGUUCCUUCCAUCUGUUUCCGUGAUCCCAUGAACGACUGGUUCGAGAGCCUGGCCCAAUGUUUACACUGGAAUGUUCGUAAGAAACAGAGUCAUCUGAGUUCUGAAGAGGAAGAGUUCUGAUCACAUUCCAAGCUUUUAUAGCACUGUCACUUAGAUUUUUUGUCUUUCAGACGUUUUAGUACAUGCAGUAAUGUUUUCUCAUGUUUGCCAUAAUUAUCUAAGUGAAUCUCAUAAAACAAUGUCUCAUUUCAGCUAAAGAGGAAAAAAAUACAAAAUUAUAUUUUGCUUGAAAACUAUUUUUAGGACAAUUAAUAUUUUUUCCAUUGUGACUUUUGUUUUCCACAAAAACACUUUGUAUGUGUGUGUGUGCGUGUGUGUGUGUGUGUGUGUUUGUAAACUCUCAUUAGAGAAGUCAUUUUCAAAUUGUAUGCAUUAUGGCAAUGAGAAUUCUGUGGAAAUGUGUUGGAAAAAGGCAUAAUUUUCUUCUUAUAAAAUCCUAUUUUCUUCUUUAAUUUUUGUGUGAAAUGUAACCCCAAUAUACAUGGCCAUGUAUUCUUGGUGAAUUUUGUGAAAAUUACUUUUAAAUUGAUGUCUAUUCAUUCCAUUAUGAAGUACUGUCAGUUUUUGGCUAACAGUGUCUUUUAAAAGACUAUAGCAAUAACUGCAUUUUAAUAUACUGCAUUGUGCCUUAUAGAGUAUUGCAUCAAAGUCAGUCAGUUGGGGGAAAUUCUUUACAGUAUUGGGUGAAUGUAUUUAUGCCGUAUUUAGAAUGUAUUGUACACACUGGUUAUCGAUAUAUUACAUAUCUGAGAAUUUUUUAUUUAUUUAUUUUUUUAUUGAAACCCCUGGAAUUUUUCCAUUGGUGUCUUGCAGCCCAACAAACAACUGAAUUACCAAUGAAUUACAAUCUGUGCAUUGAAUAUUCAAAUAUACUGUAAUGUUUUAUAUACAACUACCACAGGAAAAGUAUACAAUAAAGCCUAUCCUAUAUUUUAGAUUGAAAUGUAAGCUUUUUAUAUAAGUAAAUAAUACAGCUUCAUAUUCAACAAUGGCCUUUUACUCAGUUUACACCAUAUCUAACCUUUGCUUCUGUGUUUUACGACAUCUUGUCAGAAGCCAGUUUUUAUUUACUGUCAGAAUUUAUAUUAUUAUGUAAAAGAACGUUCAUAACAAAAAUGUUUAAAUAAUGUUUGUCCUUGUCUCUUACUGUUUUCCAAAGUUGAGUGCAAAAUGCAUAUUUGUCACAACAUUUUGUAACUGACAAUAAUGUAUUUUUUGAGACAUAACUGUCAUUAUCCAUUCAUAUUAUGUAAGUUGACUUUCAUGUUUUUGGGGUUUUUGUUUUUUUUUACAA